AUGUCAGUGGGGUCAAUCCUGAUGAUGAUGCACUCUCCGGGGUCCCCGCAGUGCUCCCUUCCCAUGCUGGAUUCAAUGAUGAUUGCUGCCGGUGUUGCUGAUGCUGCUGCUGCUGUUGUUGUUGCUGAUGUGGUGGUUUGCUGGGACAAGGCAAAAGCGGUGGUGGUGGAGGUGGCGGCGGUAACUGAGCAAGCAUACGUUUCACGUCCAUUGUAG